GUCGGCGCCAUGGGGAAAAGGGACCGGGCGGACCGCGAUAAGAAAAAGUCCAGGAAGCGGCACUACGAGGAUGAGGAAGAAGAGGAAGAUGACGCCCCUGGCAUCGACUCCCAGGAGGCGGUUCCCUCCGCGGCAGGGAAGCAGGUGGACGAGUCCAGCACCAGACUGGACGAGUACGGAGCCAAGGACUACCGGCUGCAGAUGCCGCUGAAGGACGACCACUCCUCCAGGCCCCUCUGGGUGGCUCCUGAUGGUCACAUUUUCUUAGAAGCCUUCUCUCCGCUUUACAAAUAUGCUCAGGACUUCCUGGUGGCUAUUGCAGAGCCAGUGUGCCGACCAACCCAUGUGCAUGAGUACAAACUGACUGCCUACUCACUGUAUGCAGCUGUCAGCGUUGGGCUGCAAACCAGUGACAUUACUGAGUACCUCAGGAAGCUCAGCAAGACGGGAGUCCCGGAUGGACUUAUUCAGUUUAUCAAGUUGUGUACUGUCAGUUAUGGAAAAGUCAAGCUGGUCCUGAAGCACAACAGGUACUUUGUUGAGAGCUCCCACCCUGAUGUCAUCCAGCAUCUUCUCCAGGAUCCAGUGAUUCGGGAAUGCCGCCUGAGGAACACUGAGGGAGAGGCAACCGAGCUCAUCACCGAGACUUUCACAAGCAGAUCUGCUAUUGCUAAGUCUGCUGAAGACAGUGGUGGACCUUCCACUUCCCGGGUGACAGAUCCACAGGGUAAAUCCGACAUCCCCAUGGACCUAUAUAACUUUUAUGAGCAAAUGGACAAAGAUGAGGAAGAAAAAGAAGAGACACAGACAGUAUCUUUUGAAGUCAAGCAGGAGAUGAUUGAGGAACUCCAGAAACGAUGCAUCCACCUGGAGUACCCUCUGUUGGCAGAAUACGACUUCUGGAAUGAUUCUGUUAACCCUAAUAUCAACAUUGGCCUGAAACCCACAGCUGUUCUUAGGCCUUAUCAAGAGAAGAGCUUGCGAAAGAUGUUUGGGAAUGGGCGUGCACGUUCAGGAGUCAUUGUUCUUCCUUGUGGUGCUGGGAAGUCCCUGGUUGGUGUGACAGCUGCAUGCACUAUCAGAAAACGCUGUCUGGUUCUGGGCAACUCAGCUGUGUCUGUGGAGCAGUGGAAAGCCCAGUUCAAGAUGUGGUCCACCAUUGAUGACAGCCAGAUUUGCCGCUUCACCUCUGAUGCCAAGGACAAACCCAUAGGCUGCUCCAUUGCCAUUAGCACCUACUCCAUGCUGGGCCACACCACCAAAAGGUCCUGGGAGGCUGAGCGAGUCAUGGAGUGGCUCAAAACUCAAGAGUGGGGCCUCAUGAUUCUGGACGAAGUACACACCAUACCAGCCAAGAUGUUCCGACGGGUGCUCACCAUCGUGCAGGCCCACUGCAAGCUGGGUUUGACCGCAACCCUCGUCCGGGAAGAUGACAAAAUUGUUGACUUAAAUUUUCUGAUUGGGCCCAAGCUGUACGAAGCCAACUGGAUGGAGCUGCAGAACAACGGCUAUAUCGCCAAAGUCCAGUGUGCUGAGGUUUGGUGCCCAAUGUCUCCGGAGUUUUACAGAGAAUAUGUGGCAAUCAAAACCAAGAAACGAAUCUUGCUGUACACCAUGAACCCCAACAAAUUCAGAGCUUGCCAGUUUCUAAUCAAGUUUCAUGAAAGGAGGAAUGACAAGAUUAUUGUCUUUGCUGAUAAUGUGUUUGCCCUUAAGGAAUAUGCCAUUCGAUUGAACAAACCCUAUAUCUAUGGUCCUACAUCCCAGGGAGAAAGGAUGCAGAUUCUCCAGAAUUUCAAGCACAACCCCAAAAUCAACACCAUCUUCAUAUCUAAGGUGGGUGACACAUCAUUUGAUCUGCCAGAAGCAAAUGUUCUCAUUCAGAUCUCAUCUCAUGGGGGUUCUCGGCGGCAGGAAGCCCAGAGACUAGGGCGAGUGCUCCGAGCCAAAAAAGGGAUGAUUGCAGAGGAGUACAAUGCCUUCUUCUACUCGUUGGUGUCCCAGGACACACAGGAAAUGGCUUACUCAACCAAGCGGCAGAGGUUCUUGGUAGAUCAGGGUUAUAGCUUCAAGGUCAUCACAAAGCUUGCUGGCAUGGAGGAGGAAGAGUUGGCAUUUUCAAUGAAAGAAGAACAGCAGCAGCUCUUACAGAAAGUUCUGGCAGCCACUGACUUGGAUGCUGAGGAAGAGGUGGUGGCAGGAGAAUUUGGCUCCAAAUCCAGCCAGGUAUCCCGGCGCUUUGGCACGAUGAGCUCCAUGUCAGGGGCUGAUGAUACUGUGUAUAUGGAGUACCACUCGGCACGGAGCAAGGCUUCCACCAAACAUGUGCACCCACUUUUCAAGCGCUUCCGGAAAUGAUGCCCGUGGCGUCUUGUAGGUGAAGGCUGGGUGCUCAGACCAACACUGGAAAAGGGAUUUCAGCAUAAUCUCCACAUCCAUGUUCUUUCUUCUAGCAUUGGCCAAACUGAUAUAAAUUCAAUAUCUUUUGACUGUGUUGAAGAAAAUGCAUCAAAGACUUAGUUCUGUCUUCAUUGGUCAUCCAGGGUUUCAGAAUACUAGGAGUACUAUAUUUUUUGGUCUUUCCAAACUUGUUGGGGAGUGGUCAUUCCUGUAUAUAAAACUUUUUAAUAUUUGAGGUGUAUUUAUCUUAAUGUUCUCUUGAAUAAACAAAUGGACCAUUUAA